UCUCCCGAUCCGAUUAGGGCUAGCCGCAAAAUCAUAUCUCUCGUCUCCCAAUCCGAUUAGGGGUUUCUAGACAGCCGCAAAAUCAUGGUGGAUUCUACCCGUCUCGUCUUGGAAUCUAGACAGAAAAGAGUAGGGAAAAAACGCCAACUCUUCAAACGAAGAAGUUUAAUCAAGAUGGCAAGCUUCUGGGACGGGGAAUCUAACGAGAUUCCCAAGAACGCGACCGUUCCGAAUGUCUACCGCAAUAUUCGGCGUUUUUGCUACCGACAGCGGUGCCUCCUGGGUGACUUAAACGUUUAUGCGGCUGAUACCUGCGAGAAAUUGGAAGACAGGCUCAACGAACUGAAGGAAAUUGAGGGAGUGUUUGUUCAUUCGGUUCGACUUAUUCAAGAUCCAAAUCUUACUGAGGAAGAAGAAGGAGAAGAAUUAAGGGAUGUGGCCGAUCUAGAAAUGAAGGAAGAUAUCCUUCAUUACGCUCUGAUACAUGAACCGCCGGCCCCAAUCUUUGUGAUAACCUCUGAUAAGGAUUUCGUUGCCACAGUCGACAUUUUGAAAAUAAAGGGGUACGACAUGUAUCUGAGUUACAUUCUUAACAAAGCUGGGACCCCGAUCAAAAGUUUUAGGGAUUCCAUAGAAUGGUCAAAGUUGGUGUUUGACAAAGACGAGGCUCUCGACCAGCUCAUGUCGUCUACAAAGGCAUAUUCUCCUCAAUCUUCUCUUCGGGUAACCGAACCCAUGGGUUCUGUUAAGGUGUUUUGGGAUCCAAGGUCUGCUCCCACUGAUCUGGAUGGAAAGAAGAUUAGAGUAAAUAUUGAAAGAGGGUUAAAAGUUGCAGGCUAUCAAGGUGGUGUAGAAGGACCUAUAGUAGCCUUCGUCAGAAACAGUGUCUACCCCAAAACUUCAAUGCAGACAAUGAAGGCAAAUGGUAUCGACAUACAGCUUGUUUACCCCCCUAGCAAAGCAAAAAAACCAAACGAGGGCCACAUAGAUUCGAAGAUUAGUCAUGCGAUACACUUAUGGUGUUUAGACCAUCUGAAUGCUUACCCGAUAGUUCUGAUUUCCAAUGAUAUCAGGUUGGCUUCCACAGUCGGUAAAUUGGUCAAGGAUGGUUUUAAAAUCAUCCUUGCUUGUGAGACAAGGGCUCCACCUGAUCUUAAGAAAGCUGCUUCCAGUCUACUCAGUUGGAGAGAUCUUCAGCGCUCUGACGACUCAGAUGAUGACUCAGAUGAUGACUCAGAUGACAACAGUUGACUUCAGCGUGUUGUUUUCUAAUUUCGCUUUUGAGAAACGCACGGGGACCUUAUUAAUCGGCGAUGCUUGCUUUCUUUGUUUGCUGUGCUAUGUUAUGUUGUUUGCUAUGCUAUUUUUCUUAAAAUGUUUGUUGUCACAUGAAACAUAUAAGUCUAUAAUAUAUGACAAGACGAUACUAAUUAAAAAGAAAAAAUAAACCCAAA